AUACAUAUUUCUGCUCGUGAUUUAAUGUAAUAACUUAAUCAAAUGUAAUGCAAUAUAUAUAGGUAUAAUGAUUUAUAACAAGUACCUACUUUAUUAACAUUUAUUCAACUUAAAAAACAAACUUGUUCCUGUUUGUUUUUUAAGUUUGUUUGUUCCAAGUUCCAAUUUUACUACUUCAUUGAUACCAAAGUCCACUUCGCCAAGAUUGCCGCUGUGUAGUUGCCUAAAAUGGAUAACUUUGACACUAUCAUCGAAUCGGUACAAGGGACAAUUAAAAUAGUAACGUAUAACAAGCCUAUGAGGAAAAAUGCAAUUGACUUUGACAUGUAUAAGAGAGUAACAAGGAUCCUUAAUGAUGGAGCAAAAGACCGCAACGUGACUAUGAUGGUGCUUACUGGAGCAGGGGAAUACUUCAGCAGUGGCAAUGACUUGGUUGCCUUAAGGACAGCCCAUACACCCAGUUUCCUCACAGUGCUACAUGAUUUUAUUGAGGCUUUCAUUACAUUUCCCAAGUUACUGGUAGCUGUUGUGAAUGGACCGGCUGUAGGCAUUGCUGUGACCACUCUGCCACUUUGUGACUUAGUAUUUGCUGUGGAGAAUGCCUUUUUUUACACUCCAUUUGGAAAGCUAGGUAUCACAGCGGAAGGAUGUUCAACUUUUACAUUUCCAAGGAUCAUUGGAUAUGGAAAGGCUUUGGAAAUGCUAUUGUUCAACCAAAAGAUGAAUGCCAAGGAAGCUCUAGAUUAUGGAUUUGUUAAUUGUGUUUAUAAACCAGAGGAAGUCCAAACCAAGGUAUGGAACAAGCUAGUUGAAAUAUCUAAUGUUUCAAAUGAUCUAUUGACAACAACUAAAAGAUUGUUGAGAAGUUCUAUACAAGACAAGUUGUUGAAAGUGAACGAUGAAGAGAUUCGUCUACUGAAUGAGGCUUGGUCUUCUAGGGAGCUCAAUCCAAAAGAUACUGAUACUAUCAAAAGUAAAUUUUAAAACAAAAGUACUGAAAUAAUGCUGUUAAAAAUAAAACAUUUUGUAUGGAUAGGUAAAAAUAGAAUUUAAACAGUAUAAUUAUGCAUAACAGAAAUGUGAUAUCGUCGGCUACAGUCGCAUACCUCGUAACUCCAUUUUUUUAAAUCAUGUUUUGAUACUUUUAGAUAGCACUACUCUGAACGCAUCUGAUGGCAAAAUUCUUAAGCCCCCUCCACAUUCGUGCGCGAAUCGCGGCGCGAAGCCUCCACAGGAGAAAUUGACUCCACACUCGCGUUCGCGAAAGAAAAACUCGUAACUCCAUAUUUUCUGGGUUCAGAUUAGAUUGUUAUUGAAUAAAUGUGAACAAUCUGACGGCUACAUUUAACUUAACAUUAAGUACCUAUGUAAAAAAAAACUAAGCAAGUCUUCAUACAAAAUUUUUGGUACCUAUGAAUUUUGUGCCUUCUGUAAAAUUUGGCCAGGUUGGGUUACGAGGUUUGCGACUUUAGCCGACGAUGUAUGAUAUUGGUGCCUAUAUAGAUUUUUUUUGAAGUGCAAUAAAUUUCGUUUUAUUUGAGUAAGUUAGUAGUUUUAUGAAAAAUGUAAAAAAAAUGUUAUAAAUUAACACAGCCUAUUUUUAAGACGGUUUAUUUCACUUU